GGAGGAGGCUGGCAGUGCAGGAUGGGCAGCAGGAGGCUGUGGAUGGAGGGGACCGCGGGCUCCCGGGGCCCCCAGUGUGGCUCUCAGUGAGGACUCCGACACCUGCCCUCCGCUGCUGUAAGAUGGCAUCACUGGGCCUAAUCUUCAUGAUCAUUGUCUUUUUGGUCCCGGCUUUCCUGGUCCUCCGGAGUCUCGGUUGCCCGGUGGAAUGUCGAUGUUAUAGUAUGACUGUAGAAUGUGGAUCCAAGGGAUUGAAGGACAUCCCAUCGAGUAUCCAUCCUUCUACUCAGACAGUGUUUCUCCAGGAUAAUGUAAUCUCUCAGAUCCAGCAACAGGACCUGUCUCCUCUGUCAGGACUCCAGUACCUCUACAUACAGAACAACACAAUCUCAGGCCUAGAGCCCGGAGCCUUCUCUACCCAGCAGCACCUGGUGGAACUGGCUCUCAAUGGCAACCGGAUACAUCUAAUUAACAGCAGCAUCUUCAAAGGCCUUGAGCACCUCCGAGUGCUUUACCUAGCAGGAAACCAGAUCACCAGACUCCUAGCCUACACCUUCUCAAAUCUGCAGAGACUGCAGGAACUGCAUUUACAAGAGAACAGCAUUGAAGUUCUAGAGGAACAGACAUUUUCCGGGCUGUCCUCGCUGGCCCUGCUGGAUCUAAGCCGGAAUAAUCUAAGAACCGUUAGCCGUUCCAUCCUGCGGCCUUUGAUCAGCCUACAGGUCCUCCGGCUAAAAGAAAACCCCUGGAGAUGUGACUGUGCACUCCAUUGGCUUAGGUCCUGGAUGAGAGAAGAAGGACAAAGACUUCUCACUUCCUUGGACAAAAAACUAAUUUGUUCCGAGCCGUUAAGGUUGUCUCACCAAAACCUUUUGGACAUCUCUGGAAACAGUCUUGUAUGUAUCCCUCCUGUAGUCCUCGUCGAUCCCAUGGAGAUGACUGCUCGUCUGGGAGAUGAGCUACGAGUCUCCUGCCGAGCGACAGGAUAUCCCCAACCACUGGUUACUUGGAGGAAGGUAGCGCAUGCUCGUUUAACUUCUACCAAGGUUAAUAUUAAGUCCACCAGCAGCAGAACCUUUGAGCUCAGUGAGAGGAGUGUGGGGGAGCAGUUUGACUCCGAUACUGGCAGUGGUAUGCUCUUGUUGAACAACAUCACCGUGUCCCAUGCUGGCAAAUAUGAGUGUGUAGCCUCCAAUCCUGGUGGAACUGCCAAAGUAUUAUUUCACCUGACGGUAAACCUGUCGAACCAGCAGUCACGCUCAUACACAUCUGUAGAUAUCAGCCAAGAGCCAUUAUAUGACAUGGAAAGUAUGGAAUUCAAUGCGUUGAGCAUGGCAACUCAGACCACCAUUGCCAUUGGCAUAUCCUUGUUGGCGCUCACGGCUCUUCUACUUCUUUUUAUGAUCUACAGAAAGCACCACAAGAGAAAAAAAGCCAAGAAGGAAGAAAAUAUCUUGUAUGUAAAUGACUACUCUGAUGGGCCAACCACAUUCGCUCAAUUGGAGGAAUAUAGGGACGAGGGUGGGCAUGAAAUGUUUGUGAUAGAUAGGAACAAGGCCAUUUUCCCGACCUACAAGGACACGGAAGGGCUGAGUAGUUUUUCUGGACUCUCGGAACUAGAGGAGCAGCUUCAGGACCAAGGAACGCAGACACUGGAGGACGAGCCAGGGAGACAGGUCAACGAUAUAUUCAUAAAUCAGGGCUUUCUGUUUCAGCAGCAGAUUGCCUACGAAAUACAUUGUUAAUAGAUAAGAAGGCUUUCUGGUGGGACGAUGUGAUUAGGCUAAUAUGAUACAUGGACAAUGGUGGUUAUUUAAAUGCUGCUUAUUUUAUAGACUCAUAUUGGUGGUUAGUUAAAAUGUCUGCUUCGUGUGGCCAAAACAUGGCAUUCAUUAGUGUCCCUAUAAUCACAAAUUUGGGUUAUUUCUUUUAGUUUCAAGGAAUAGUAUUGGCUCCUUUAUGGUAAUUGGCUCCAGAGAUGCACUACUGAUAAAUGGUGGCUUUGUUUGGCAGUAAAAUUGUUAUUCAGACACAUUUAGCAGCAUUUCAAACCCUGACAGCGAAAUACACAAGAAAUGAUAAGUCCUGCAUCUUAUGUCAAGCAAAUCCUCCUCUGGCUCCUUAAGCUGUCACACAGAAACAUUCACAUAUUGCUUUCUGACACAUGUAGGCAACAGCGAGGCAGCAAGGCGGAUGGCGGUGAGAGCACACAGCGUUUCCAAAGUGCUGUCAUUUAACGUCUUCGGUGGAAAUAGAAAGGGAAGGUUUUUAAUCUGUUCUUUUCCUGUUGUCUUGGCUUUUGUUGCUUUCAGUCUGGGCCUUCGCAGGGGAAGAUUGACGUGGAACGCUGCACUUGUCUAGUGACAGAACGAUGGAAUGCAUUGGUUUUUUAGCUUGCUUUUAGAAUAUAGUGAGCACACAAGUACCUAGAACAGGGGGAGGCAAUCUUCCACACUCCAGAUUCCGAAGACUACAUCUCCCAUAAUGCUCGGAAAGCAUCAGGGGAGAUCCACAACAUCUGGAGUGCCGAAGGUUGCCUACCUCUGGCAUAGGACAACAGGUCACUUUCUAGGGACUGUGGGACUACACCUCCCAUGAGGCUUUGCCAAUCACGUGUAGCUCUGCCGUUUCUCUGGAGCUAACUUUUCUGUUGA